AUGGGUGGAAAAUGUUCAUGUUUUAAAGAUCAACCUACAGAAGACAAUCAGCUGACAAUUUACAAAGAAGUCCACACAUCUCAAUCCAAGCAAGAGCAAGGCUUUUCCCAUGAUUUCUCAACUUCUAUAAUAAAUCAAUUACCCAUCGAUACUCCUUCUCUAAUAAAGCUUCAAGCAAUUCUUCGUGGUUAUAUCGACCGGAUGCUUUUAAAGGACGCCAGAAUCGCUUCUCCUUCUUUUCAGAUGAUGUCAUCUUUUUCUCCUCACCCACGAACCUCUUUGCAUGAAAUUGAAGGGGAAAUUCCAUCCUACGCCAAUGCAAGUACAAUAGCUGCAUGUAGAAAAUUAGGGCCUUUUAUAUAUGACUACUCUUUAAACGAUGGAGUAGCAGUUUUUACAAAAGGGCCAGUCCAGCUGGAAAAUGGAGCCGUUUAUAUUGGAGAUUGAAAUGAAAAGUUCGAAAGGCACGGUAAAGGGGUUCAGAUAUGAAAUGAUGGGAGCAAAUAUGAAGGCUAUUGGAAAAACGAUCGAGCCAAUGGGAAAGGAAGGCUAAUUCACGGAGAUGGAGAUGUGUAUGAAGGGGAGUGAAUGGACGACAAGGCCCAUGGGCAUGGGGUCUAUACACAUACAGAUGGAGGAAAAUAUGUAGGGCUGUGAGAAAAUGAUAAGCAGCAUGGGAAAGGAGUUGAAGAAUGACCAGAUGGAAGCAAAUAUGAAGGAGGAUAUAUUGGUGGCAAAAAGCAUGGAAAAGGCAAAUUUAAAUGGGCAGAUGGAAGCACUUAUGAUGGAGAUUUUAUUAAUAACAAUAUUCAUGGCUCAGGCACUUAUUGCUGAAGCGACGGAAGAAAAUAUAUAGGAGACUGGCUCAACAACAAAAUGGAUGGGAAAGGGACUUUUACUUGGCCUGAUGGAAGAUGCUAUAUUGGAGACUAUAUUGAUGACAAAAAGCAAGGCUUUGGAGUUUUUACUUGACCUGAUGGCAAAAAAUAUGAAGGCUCUUGGUUUAAUGGAAAACAGCACGGAAAAGGAGUCUAUAUCUCAUCAAAUGGAGAAAAGAAAGAAGGAGAAUGGAAAGAUGGAAUUCGAGUAAAAACUGCAUCAUAA